AUGCCUGCAAAGAGAGAGAGGGUGUAUGCUGGUAAUAGGAGGCAGCGUCCCGCAUCUGAUGUGCCGCAGGGAGGAGAGCGUCAGGUGAUGUUGGGGUCUGAUGGCAACAUCCAACAACCCGCACCGCAGCACCGAAGAGUGGAGGAAACUCUGCAGCAACCAAACUGGACGCUUGCAAGCUCUAUCGAGGAUGUCCUUAAUGUGCGUGUUGGCCAAAUCAAUAUGAUUUUGCUGAACGACUUCCUUCGGCAGUACGUUGACCCCAACAAAGCGGUGGGUGGAGACCAAAAUGUGGCGAUGGAGGUCUUUGUGCGUGAGCCAGACAGGUACGUUACAGAGCAGAGACUUCUUCGAGAAAUUCUCAAUUCACCAGGGUAUCAGCUUUUUGAAGAUGCACGCAAGCUCACAGAGAAAGGUGUGUUUUUUCUCAAUCAAUGGAAGGAAUUUGGACAGAAGGAUACGGUUCCCCUUCGUACAAAAGGAAGACUCGAUGCAGCUCUUCAGCAGGUGGAGGAGGCAGAGGAGGCGGAGAAGGAAAUACAGGAAAACGAAAAACCUCCCAGACUACCAUUACCGGAGGGAUUCUACGAAUCCGUAUUUGAUGCAACGUGGAGUUGCGUCUUGGGAUUUCCUGAGGACGAAGAUGAAUACAUGGUGGUGCGAAUGGAGGUGAGAGAGGGCAAACGGCCACAAGAGUUAUGGAAGUACAUGAGGCAGAUGAAUGCUUCUUUUUCAGUGAGUGGUGAUGAGCAAUUCCGUCCACCACGCGUAGAACUCAUGAUCCUUUCCUCUGAAAAGCUAUGG